CCCAUAAGAAGCGCCACAUGACCUGCCGAGUAGGAAGUGUCGAGCUAGCGGACAUCAACAGCAGUAGAAGCAACAGUCCUCGGAAGAGACGACAAGGGAGCCGCGAAAUUCCGAUUUCACAUUCUCGACGUUUCCGUGAAGAUAACCUGCCUCUGUGUGAACCAGACCGAGCUAUAAAUCGGCCGCAGUCAUGUACGUAAAGGUGGUGUUUUUCGCCGCAGCUCUGGCGCUGAUUGGCGCCGCAGCCGCCGCAGAUGACUGUACCUCUCCGACAUGUGACGAGUGUGUCAAAAACCCUGAAUGCACGUGGGCUAACUGCACAAAUUCUCCAGCGAAUGUUUCCUGUGUCAAUGCUACCCUGGUGGCUAACGGCACCUGCAGCAAUGCAACCUGUUCAACUUCUCCUACGGCUGCACCUACUCCCAGACAUUCAUCUGUUACCCCCACCACCCAUACGACAGUGAAUUCAACGACUGCACCCGUGACGCCGACUCACCGUGGCAACAGCUCCACCACUACAACUCCAGCCUCCACCUUGGCACCGAAUACCACAACGGUGGCCCCUCAGAAGAACUCGACGUUUGAUGCCGCGAGCUUCAUCGGUGGAAUCGUGCUCGUCCUGGGCCUUCAGGCCGUCAUCUUCUUCCUCUACAAGUUCUGCAAAUCCAAAGACCGUAACUACCACACCCUCUGAAGCGGGCGCACUUUAGGAUCCAAGCCGUCCUCACCGAUUUCAACCCCUCAGCACACACUCAUAGGGAGUGGACUCAAACAGCGUUUCCAUACAGUUUUUUAUUUUUGUCCUGUUGUUUUUUUCGUUUUUCUUUAAAUGUUUAGACCUGCAUGACUGAAUGAUUCAUUUCAUUUCAAAGUGAAUCUCCUCCAACGUGCAUUUAGGUCUCAAGCAUGUAGAUUACAUAAGCAAGCAGCUACCCCCACCUCCAUCGUGCCAUUAGUCAUCCUGCAUAGAGCAUUUUCCAGCAAAUUGAGUGGGCUUGAGUUAUUUACAGCCCCUCUUCUUAUGCCUUCCCCAAUUAAAUGCACCACACGAGAGAAAAACAAUUAGCCAUGUAUACGGAGUAGCUUUUUCCUGCUGAGGCUUGAAUAUCUGUUAUUUAAAAUUUUUUUUUUACCUGGUUUGGAAACACUGUUUGAGCUCGUGUUAAAUGUGGCAACAGAUGAUUAAGGAUUGCUUUUAGCUUGUGAAAUGUUUAUUUUCUCUCUCCACACAUCUGAUCCGUCGGGGGGGGGGGGGGGAAGCGACAAUUAAUCAUCUGACGUCAAACAGGAGGAGUGUGGAGUGUUUCUGCUGUUCGGUUCCCACCCCCCUCUUGGAAACGUCGUCUCUCCCAGUACAAGAUGUUUAAAAAUGUCAAACGCCAACUGCCAGAAGAGCAGCCCGCCGCGAUAAAUAAUGUAUAGAGCUCAUUUCAGAACCACAAAUCUCCCGUAUCUUUUCCUUUUCUGAUCUUUAAACCCCACAGGUGACUCGUCCUUGUCGUUUGCUUUGGUGUUUAAACCGGGUCAAAGUGAAUUAUUUUAGAAUAUUUUCAGAUUAUUUAGUUCUAUUGUGCAGAGGAGGAUGAGGUGUGGCGCGCGCCUUUCUUGAUGUGGACAGUGAAGUGCCUUUGAUGUCCAGUGUGAGUGAAAGCAAGUAAAGGUUUUUUUUUGUUUUUGUUUUCUUUUUAUUUCCAUGUUGUGAGAAGUAACAGUAUCGCUGCGCUGAUAUUGCUUAGAGCUGUAAUGUCCCAGCUGGACUGAAGAGCCUUUUAUUGUUGACGAAAACAGGAUUUUUUUUGUUUAGUUUUUUUGUCCUUGAAGGCCGCCGUUCGGUUUGUAGGUGCGGCAGAAAGACCAAAGGCUGCAGGACGACUGCGCGAUCACGCUACUGCAGACUUUUGGAGUGAAUAAUUUAAACAGAGUUUCCUACCACUUUGCUACAUCAUGGUUCAAAUCCGAGUGAGUUGGCAGGAAAAUAUUUUGAUAUAGGCGAACGAGCAAGAUGGUGUACUUCAUACAAAAAGAUUGUGAAAAUAUUGGACGUUAUCUUCCAAGAUAAGUGUCUAAAAGAGACAAAAAAAAUGUAGAUCUGGUGUUUAAUUAAGGAUUUCACUUCUAUUUAAUUGAUUUGUAGUGUAAAGUUCAGAAUAUCAGCCGAGUGGCCGUGUUGGAGCCUAGUCUUCUUACUAGUUAGCUGCUAACUUCUUCUUUCAUUUUUUUUCUGGAUUUCUCAGCUUUUGUCUAACCUGUAAAUAGCCACGUCCUGUUUCUGUCCUGCUGAAAGAAGCAAAAUGUUGAUCGGAGCGUUUAGCUUUGCGGUGGCUCUACUAAUUUUGUAUAAAUGGCUUUCUUCCCCCCGGUUAGUGCAUGCUGUUCUCAUUGCAUAUGCAACUAGUACCAUAGACACAUUCAAAAACCACUUGAUUAUUUGUGAUGAGUCCAUAUGCUAAUGGAAGGAUGCCUUGAAACCGUGUACAUGAAGCCAAAGGCCUCAGUUUUUGGCAUGUUUUGUAACCCUAUUUUAUUUUUUUCCCUUUCUUUUUUGGUAAAUGGUUUCAGGUUUAGCUCACAAAUAAAAUCAGAGGCUUGUUUUAAAUAUUUCCAAUUAUGACCACAAAUCAAUUAAUGAAUGCAGAUGUUUGUUUUAUGCUUGUUUAUUUUGAGGUUGCAUGGUCUCUCUUUUGCUUUAACGUCCCAGCGCUGCUGCGCCGCUUCGGUCUCCCUCUCUGCUGCAUGUCGAGUCCAUUUGCACAAAUGAAGAGAAAUAUUUUCGAGUGCCGCUGAGCACGUCCCGCUUUCUGCGAACGGCACCUCGGCGUCCCGACGUGCCCGCGUCUCGAGCAAAAGUGCCUUAUUCAGUUAUCAUCCAUUUCCAUCUGUUGUGAAACGAGACGUCACGGUGACUUGAACGUCAGCCCGACUCCUCACUUUAAGGCUCGUGUGAAGUGCUCUCCUGUGUUCUGCGUACGUUUGUUGCUCUCAGCCUUAAUCUUUUCGAACAAGUCCACAGAGCUGUUACAAGGUAACAAGCUGUUCAGGCAACACCCGUAGGCUACUUUCUGUUUCGGUGUAAGCUUAAACGCUGCUUUUGUCGAGAUGGGAAAAACGUCAAGUAAGUCGUAUAUUUCAGCUGAAGAAGUCUGGCUGUAGCCUGAACAGCUUCUUGGCAGCCAUUUGUGAUGAAACACACAGGUGAAGUAACCACAGACGGGCCUUGUGUUCUCUAUUUCAACAUGCCCUCCACCCCUUUCCACGAUGACUUGAACUCCACUUCAGUUGUAACCUGCUGAUGUUUUCUGUCGUGAAGGAUUUUAAAGUGCGUCACUUUAAGAUUCAUUUGAUCACAAUUCAGUUUUCAACCAGGCAGUGUUAGCCUUCUUUGCCUUGUUGCUUUAUUGCUAAUUGCACACACACACACUGUAGCGCUGUGUCUUUCACUGUCCAUUUGUCUAGUUGGUAUGACUUCUGGAUUUUCCCUCUCACCACUCUUAACACAGAAACGUAUAUAGCCAUAUGUAGACACUGAACGGUGUCACAAUGCCUCCCCUUGAAUGGUCUUUGCUUCUUUUUGUGCCACCCAACUUUUUUUAUGCCUCUGACGCCUCAGUUGUUUUUUUUGUUUUUUGGGUUUUUGUUUUGGCCUUGUUUUCUGGUGUUGCCUUUAGUUUUACAAUGUUAAACCAAUAAAGUUUGAAUAUCGUUAAACAAA